AUGGCCGGGUUCAUGCCACUGAAGGAGGCCGCGGCCAUGAAGGAGGGCUUGCGGGUCACCGGCGUGCCAGGCCUCCCUGGUAUCUGGAUCGUCGCCGUCAAGAAUUUGUACCACGCCAAGAAGGUGCCGGUGAUCCAUGUGGCGCAUCCCACGGGCGAUCAGGAGGAGCUCUAUCAGCUCACAGCACAGCGCUCCAAUCCCACCAGCUGGUGGGCAGACGAGGCCCCACGGAGUUCUUGGCUGGAGCAACUGCACCUGGCCGAGCGCUUGGGGAGCGGCCCGCAGCUUGUGCCGGAGGACCCCGCUGCGCGGGCAGAGGUGAUUGGCCUUUGCCAUUUGGCCCUUGGAUCCCCUGGCGGCUUAGCCUAUGAGAAGAGGAACAUCAUGAUGGGCAAUUCUAGCAGUCCCUUCGCGAUCAAGUACAAAGUCACAGAUGAGAUGAUCAAGCUGGCGCCGCAGAGGACCGUGGCGCUGCUGAAUCACGUGCAUGGCGUUCUGGAGAAGCAAAAAGCCAAGGGCAGCAAUUUCCUCGUGGGCUCCUCCGUAACGGCGGCUGACAUCUGUUGGGCCUCGGCAUUGGUCAUUGUGGCACCGCCGGGCGAGGAGCUUCUGCCCCGGCAUGAAAGUGGAAAGGGCCUCAUCGGCGCGUUCGGCCAGAACCCGCCGGAAGUGCAGAGUGCCAUCACACCGCUGAUUCUGGAGCACCAGCAGCUGAUCCUCGGUGACAAGGAGCUGAGCGACAUCCCCUCCAUGCUGGAAGGCACGACCAACAGCUACUCCUGA